GUUGGGAGUAUAAAAGCAAAAAGGUCACUCAACUCCCAGAGCUGGGUCCCCGGAUAUCUGCUCUGUCAGCCGCUGUUGCCACCCCCUCAGGACCCGCACCAUGAGAGGCCUUCUGCUGCUCGCCUUGUCGUCUUUGCUCUGCUGGGUCUCAGCUGACAUUCGCUGUCACUCCUGCUACAAGGUCCCUGUGCUGGGCUGUGUGGACCGGAAGUCCUGCCGUCUGGAGCCAGGACACAAAUGCCUGACAACAAAUGUGUACCUCGGCAAGAUGUGGGUUUUUUCCAACCUUCGCUGCGGCACGCCCGAAGAGCCCUGUCGGGAGGCCUUCAACCAAACCAACCACAAGCUGGGCCUGACCUACAACACCACCUGCUGUGAGAAGGACAGCUGCAACAGCGCCGCCCCGCGGCCCGCCCCGGCCCUGGGCCUGGGCCUCCUCACCGCCUUGGCUGGCCUUGGCCUCUGGCUGCUGCACUGACACCCACUCCUCCCCGCCUCAGCCUCAGCCUCUCCCGUGUCUCCCGAUCCCCUGGCUUCCCACAGUGGUCUCCCCUAGUUCCCUUUGCUCAGAAAAACAUUUCUCUAGACCCUUCACAUUUCUUUGAUUAGACUGUGGUCUCCCUGUCCGUCAUUCUACCCCACCCCUCCUCUCCGCUUUGCUCAGUGCCUUCCCCUGUCCUCCAGACCACUCCAGACCUUCCGCUGGCCCCCGAAGGGCUCCCCUUUGUGCUCUGCACUCCUCCGUGCCCUGCUGAGGGGGCCUUGGGGUCUGGGCCUGUCCCCGUGAUGGCUCGAGAAGAGACCUGAGGACCUUGCCCUGCUCCCCUCUUUCCAUUUUGAGUAAUAAAUGCCUGUGUC